AGAGAGGGCGGGUCUCAGCAGCUCCCACUGCGCCAGCCGGGCCGCAGGUGCCGCCCCCGACACACGGUGUCCCGCCCAACCUGAUCCGCGUCUGCCGUCGGUCGGUGCGUGCGUGCACCUCGUCCGUUCGCGUGUAUCUGGCCGAGCGCCCCCUUCCUCUGCGGCCAUGACUCCGCCGCCACCCCAGCCACCGCCCCCGGGCCCGAACCCCGCCUCAGACUCCGCCGCCGCCCCCGUCCCCGGGCCUGGACCCCUGGUCGUACUGUUCGGGGCCACGGCUGGUGCGCUGGGGCCGGACCUGGGCUCCGACGAGACCGACUUAAUCCUCCUAGUCUGGCAAGUGGUGGAGCCGCGGAGCCGCCAGGUGGGGACGUUGCACAAAUCACUGGUUCGCGCCGAGGCGGCUGCACUGAGCUCGCAGUGCCGCGAGGCGAGCGGCCUGAGCACCGACAGUCUGGCGCGGGCCGAGCCACUGGACAAGGUGCUGCAGCAGUUCUCACAGCUGGUGAGCGGGGAUGUGGCUCUGCUAGGCGGGGGCCCCUACGUGCUCUGCACUGAUGGGCAGCAGCUGCUGCGACAGGUCCUGCACCCUGAGGCCUCCAGGAAGAACCUGGUGCUCCCCGACACCUUCUUCUCCUUCUACGACCUCCGCAGAGAGUUCCAUGUGCAGCACCCGAGUGCCCACCCUGCCAGGGACCUCACUGUGGCCACCAUGGCACAGGACUUGGGGCUGGAGACGGAUGCCACAGAGGAUGAUUUUGGGGUCUGGGAAGUGAAGACAAUGGUAGCUGUCAUCCUCCACCUGACUGAAGGGCCCAGUGGUCAAUUGUUUUUGAAGCCUGAGGUGGUAAAGCAGAAAUACGAGACAGGGCCUUGCAGCAAGGCAGACGUGGUGGACAGUGAGACUGUGGUUCGGGCUCGUGGGCUGCCCUGGCAGUCAUCAGACCAGGAUGUGGCUCGCUUUUUCAAAGGUCUCAACAUUGCCAGGGGUGGUGUAGCACUCUGCCUCAACGCCCAGGGCCGCAGAAAUGGUGAGGCCCUCAUCCGCUUUGUGGACAGCGAGCAGCGGGACCUAGCGCUGCAGAGACACAAGCACCACAUGGGUGUCCGCUAUAUUGAGGUAUAUAAAGCAACAGGAGAAGAGUUUGUAAAGAUCGCAGGGGGCACAUCACUAGAAGUGGCUCGUUUCCUGUCACGGGAAGACCAAGUGAUCCUGCGGUUGCGGGGACUGCCCUUCUCUGCUGGGCCAGCAGACGUGCUAGGCUUCCUGGGGCCAGAGUGCCCAGUGACUGAGGGUGCCGAUGGGCUGCUCUUUGUGCGCCACCCUGACGGCCGGCCCACUGGUGAUGCCUUUGCCCUCUUUGCCUGUGAGGAACUGGCACAGGCUGCACUGCGCAGGCACAAGGGCAUGCUGGGUAAGCGAUACAUUGAACUCUUCCGGAGUACUGCAGCUGAGGUGCAGCAGGUCCUGAACCGCUAUGCAUCCAGCCCACUCCUUCCCACAGUGACUGCUCCACUGCUGCCCAUCCCCUUUCCACUGGCAGCUGGGACCGGGAGAGACUGUGUACGCCUUCGAGGCCUGCCCUAUACAGCCACCAUUGAAGACAUCCUAAGCUUUCUCGGGGAGGCAGCAGCUGACAUCCGGCCCCAGGGUGUGCACAUGGUGCUCAACCAGCAGGGCCGGCCAUCAGGCGAUGCCUUCAUCCAGAUGACAUCAGCAGAGCGGGCCCUAGCUGCUGCUCAGCGUUGCCAUAAGAAAGUCAUGAAAGAACGCUACGUGGAGGUGGUCCCCUGCUCCACAGAGGAGAUGAGCCGUGUGCUAAUGGGUGGCACCUUGGGCCGCAGUGGCAUGUCCCCUCCACCCUGCAAGCUGCCUUGUCUCUCACCACCUGCCUACGCCACCUUCCAGGCCACCCCAACACUCAUUCCCACCGAGACAGCAGCUCUGUAUCCCUCUUCAGCACUGCUCCCUGCUGCCAGGGUGCCUGCUGCCCCCACCCCCGUUGCCUAUUACCCAGGGCCAGCCACUCAACUCUACAUGAACUACACAGCUUACUACCCCAGCCCCCCCGUUUCUCCCACCACUGUGGGCUACCUCACCACACCCCCUGCUGCCCUGGCCUCUGCUCCCACCUCAGUGUUGUCCCAGCCGGGAGCUCUGGUCCGUAUGCAGGGUGUCCCAUAUACAACUGGUAUGAAGGAUCUGCUCAGCGUCUUCCAAGCCUACCAGCUAGCCCCUGAUGACUACACCAGUCUGAUGCCUGUUGGUGACCCGCCUCGCACUGUGCUACAGGCCCCCAAAGAGUGGGUGUGUUUGUAGGUGAGGAAGCCAGGAGGUAAGAGCUGGCUGAUGUCCUCAGCUAACAUGUCUCCUGCGUCCAGAGAACCAGCGCUCUCAACCUGGUGGCUUCUUUCUGGCUUGUCAGAGCUCUCAGAAGGCACCCAGAGGAGCUCAAGCCCCAGCUCCAUCCCUCACUUAUUGCUCUGCCUGUUCACACCAAAGAUGAUGGCUGGACCCUGCAUGCAAGGCGGGGGCUAGAAUGGUGCUACCCUGCUCCUGAUGGCCUGAUCUGGGCCUCCUGAGUAGCACCCAGAGAGCCUUUGGUCUUGUUCUGGCUAUGGCCCAUGCCCACAGAUUGUGUGGGGCUGACAUCCACAGCAGGCUUGCUUUCUUUUUAAAAAUAUAAGCCCUGAUGCCUUCAAUGUAUGACUCUUGGGAGCUUCUGAGUAAAGAUCCCAAUGUUCUA